UCUGCGGCGUUUCCAUGUUUCACCUCUGCAUGUGCCGUAAAGGUGCUGCAGUGGCUGGACUGUUGACUUGCCCACGGAACAGGCACAGCACGUGGGAAUUAGCUCAUUCUCCUGCGGUGCACGAAGAAUGCAUUUCAAAGGGAUUCGCCUAUUUUUUUUAAUGGCACCCCCUGAAAUAGAAGUCCUCAAACUUUUUGUUGUCAUAAGGAACUUUUGUGGUCCCUAGGAAGCCUGUUAAAAUGCAGGUUCCCAGGCUUACUCAGUGGAGUCUCAGGAAAUGAGUGGGGCCCAGGGUCUGCAGGUAUGCCCAGCUGUCUCACUGCCUGGGGAGGCUUGCUGUGAGCGCCUUUAUAUCAGGCCCUCCGGCCCCUUCCCCAGGCCCAGGGGUUUUGGCUCAUGUGCCCCCAGAGCUCACCUUGAGCAAGGCCGCCUAGAGUUAGCCCGAAGACUGGCAGAGGGCAGCCUGGAGUUAGCCUGAAUGCCCAUAGAGGGAAGCGGAGCGCCGAAGCCACCCAGGGCUCAAUUGCUGCUGUGGAGCGAGUCGGGCCAACUGUGGACGCGUGUGGAGAGCGUGCUGUGGGGCUGGCCUUGGAGUGAACCGUCCUCCUUCCCGGCCACGUAUCUUUUCUGACUGUGAGCACAAGGUCUGGCCCUAAGAAAGAGUGAAUGAAAAGCACAGUCAUACAAACCCCAGGUCAGGGCCAGCGGUCGGGGUUGGAGACAGUGGCCAGAGUUAGGGCCAGCGAUUGGGGUUAGGGACAGUGGUCAGGUUUAGGGACAGCAAUCGGGGUUAGGGACAGUGGUCAGGGUUACAAACAAGGCGUAAAUCCUGAAUGACGGAGUCCUGCAGACGCAGACAGGACCUGAGGAUGUAAUAAAUAACCUGUGAAUGCCUGAGAGCUCUGCGUGUCCUACAAACCCCUGGACCAUUAAUCAGAAAUCAGCAACUGAAGGUGGGGCUGGCCAAACAUUAAUCACAAAGCAAUUAACCCGCACAGACACUGGGGCGGGGAGGGGCUGGAGGAGGAGGACAGAGCUGGCCGUGUGCAGGGCCCCUCCUUCAGAAGAAGGGGAGUGUGAUUUAGAAGAGGAGAGGGAACAUGGAUCCUUUUCAGCACUGAGGUGUGGCCUCACAAAGAAACUGAAUUUUCUGUGGGAACCUCGGGUUUUGUUUUACGACAGGCAAGGGAAAAUCCUGAGCUGUAAGAAUCCCCCGCCCCUCUGUUUGGAUCCAAGCUUCCUCUUUGCAUGGCUGGAGUGUGAGAGCCCUCGUGUGUGCUGCGCAGGCUGGUGCCGUUCACCCGGAGACUGGUUUACCUGCGUCAGAACGUGCAGGUCGCGGCUGCGACAGCGGGACAUCGGCCCGAAGACCCACCUGGACCAGCUGGACCUGCAGAUCAACAAGCUGCAGCUGGAUCUGGGCCCGAUCUCAGGAGAGGCCCCGGACAGCGACAGCAGGCCCAGCUCAGGCUUUUACGAGCUGAGUGAUGGUGGCUCCUGCUCGCUGUCGACGUCUUGUGCCUCUGUCUGCAGUGACCGCGUCUCCCCGUCGAUGGGCAGUUUGCUGCCUGUGGCCCAGGCCCCCAAGGCCAGGCCCAGCAUGGGGGACUGGAGGCCCCGGUCGGUUGAUGAGACUGCUGUGCCAGCGUGGAGGCCCCAGGCUACCCAGGAGGGUGACAAGCCGCCAGGCACCCUGGGGGAGGCAGGCCAGCCGUCGGGCACGUUCUGGCCCAGGCCGGUGUCUACAGGUGAUCUCGACAGAGCCCUGCUGGCAGACACGGGGCUCCAGAAAGCCGGCCCCGACCCUGAGCUCCUCAGGCUCCUCUGCCAGGGGGCAGACAUCCCGCUGUACAUGCUGGACCCCAAGUAUCGGCAGGACCUGGUGUCGAAGGGAGGCAGGGAGGUCUACCCGUACCCCAGCCCCCUGCACGCAGUGGCUCUGCAGAGCCCCCUAUUUGUCCUGACUAAGGAAACCCUGCAUGGCAGUGGCCCCUCGUCCCCUAGGAAGGCCCCCCUGGGCCCUGCAGCUGUGAGUACUGUCCAGACUGGGCUGGUCCUCGAGGCUGGCCCGGCCAGAGCCAGAGCCUAUAUCGACAGGCUGCUGCGUCUGUGGGGCCGGGAGACCCCAGCAAAGGGUAGCGGGGGAGAGCAGGGACCUCAGAGGCAUGCAGUGUCCCCACCCCCACAGAGGCAGGGUGGCUGGAGUGCAGAUGGUGGAGGCCGACUCAAGAAGCUGGUCUUUGCCCCAGGGAGGGAGGAUGAGGGAGGGCCAGCUCCGAGGAGGGGUGCCAGCAGGGGCGGCCCCCAGCAGCAGGGACCUAUGCCCCUUGAGAGUCCUCAGCACCCUGGCAGCCUUCCAGAGGAGAAGCCCCAGCCCUCGAACCAUUGCGUCCUCAGGGAGACCAUGGCGGGGCCGGCUUCCAGCUCACAGGCCCAGCUCACACCCCCAGCUCAGGACUGUGGACAUGACAACAGGUUGCCAUCCAGGAGGCUGGACGAGAGCCCCCCGCCGUCCUCUGGGCACUUUGCCCACCUGCCCUUUGCUGCCAGCAAGCCUUCACCACCAUGGCCGAAAACGGGUCCCCCCAAGAGCAAGGCUGAAAAGAUGAAGAGAAGGCCCACGGACAAAGUGCUGAGGUUCGCAGGGCAGCCGCCGCUUCGGCUGGAGAGGCUUGAGGGUGCCCAGGCUGCCACCCAGCUAUCCCUGGAGUGGGACUCUGCCCACUGGCCCCCAGGGAGGGGCGUGCUCCAGAGGAGGCUGGCCCUGGCCUGGGAGGUGCCUGGGCGCUCCUGUUCUGAGUCUACCCUCUACCCCAUGCCCGUCCUUGUCCCCCUGACGGUGGCCCCGCAGGAGAGCCAGCAGACCUCAGCCCAAGCCCUGUUCCCCGUGGAAGCGACACUGCUGACCUCGGCGGCCAGGAGGAAGCACGGCCGCUGGCAGUCCACUGUGGACAUUUCGGGGCGGGCCCGCCUGGCCGGUUACCCAGAGUCUAACCUGGGGCCCCCCAGACCCACGGCCAGGAGGGUGGGUGGCCCACAGGCCCGGGGCCGGCCCGCACUGGUCCGCCAGGAUGCCCACACCAGGAGCGACUCAGAGCCCUCCAAGCACUCGGCCGAGUGUGACCCGCGGUUCCCCUCGGUCAUCCUGGAGACCAGCGAGGGGGAGGCCAGUGAGCACAGCACCAGCCGAUUCGCGGACCACGAGUCCGGCAGCAGCGACGGGGAGGGCGGCGCCCGGAGCAGGGAUUGCGACCCGGCCAUGGGCCACGCAGCGGCCGGGCACAGGGAGCUGGCCUGGCCCCAGGUGGGCCUGGUCAGCUCGAGGUCACUCCUGUCCCCCGUGCCCAAGCUGUGCCGUAUCAAGGCCUCCAAGGCCCUGAAGAAGAAGAUCCGCCGGUUCCAGCCGACGGCCCUGAAGGUCAUGACCACGGUGUGAGCCGCCGCGGCUGUCGGGAGGAGCCGGUGCGCACAGAGGCUCUUUCCAUGCGGUGACCUGUGGUUGGCUGUUCCAGGGGUGCCCAUCUCCCGAGGCCACCACGGAACAGGAGGCCCCUCAGAUGGGCUGUGCCUGUGGAGUGCAGCCGUGCGCCGCGCCCCGGCGAAGACCCGUCCGGAGCUCUGGUUUCAGCUGCCAGCAGCCUCCAGGCCGACCCAGCGUCUGGUUUCAGCCUCUCCCCAGACGCUGCUUGUUCCUGGCAGUGCCUGCUCCUGCCUCGUCAUCCUCCCGAGGCUUCGCCUGCCCUCCCUCCACGCCGCUGGGGACGCGGUUUCCAAUCUUUCAGCCAUUCCUCCCCAAAAGCAUCUUAAAGAGACGGUUGCGGGACUCUGUGUUGGAAAUUGUUUUGAGCUUAAACUCCAUGUUAAGCUGUCAACACGCAUAAACACCCAAAUCAUGCCAUGAUCCCCUCAAAUAAAAGGAACUUUGUUUUCCUG